AUGAGAAUACAACUCUUUGAUGCAUUUGUCUACUUCUUUGGUUCUUACGUGCUUGAGCAUUUCAAGCCUUGUUUUGGAGAGAAGCUCGAGAGAGCUUAUCUUCUUAAUCUCACUUCAGUAAGGGGUCUAAAUGGUCUAUUAAAGGAGGGAAAACUGAAGGCGCUCCCUAGUCCUAGAGGUGCCACUGUUCCCAGUCAUCUGCUUUUCGCGGAUGACAUUUUUAUCUUCAUGAACGCCGGAGCAAAACAUGUUCGAUGUCUGAGAGAGUUCUUGCUUAAAUACCAAGAAUUUUCUGGCCAAAAAUUCAGCUUGGAGAAGAGCAAGGUUUUUUUUGGCAAAGUCACCCCUCACAGGAAGAGGUAUAUUUCUGAUCUGCUGGGUAUCCCAACUUGCUCUCUUCCGACGAGGUAUCUUGGGGUUGAGAUCUUCAAGGGCGGUGUCAAGAAGGAUAGGAUGCUUCCUCUUAUCGAUAAAAUUAAAUCUCGAUUACAGGGAUGGCAAGGCAAACUCCUUUCAAUGGCUGGUCGUGCAGAGCUCAUUUGGUCUGUGAUCUCAGGUAUGCCUAUUCAUAAUUUUUCCACUUAUUGGUGGCCUGAAUCGGUGAUUAAAACGGUGGAGCGCUGGAUUAGGAAUUUCCUAUGGUCAGGGGAUAUUUACACAGUGAAGAAAAUCACUGUGAAAUGGGAAGAGGUAUGCCGGCCUAAGGAGGAAGGGGGUUUAGGUAUCAGGCGAUUGAGGGAUGUCAACUGUGCGGUGCUUAGCAAACUAGUGUGGCAAAUGACGCAUGAAGGAUCUACUUUUAGUUCUUUCUUGCGGGCUAGAUUUGUGAAUGAAGGUGGAGACCUCAAGAAGGGUUAUAGAGCAUCUUCGGUGUUUAAAGGAAUUGCGAAGAUGUGGAACUUUGUAUCUCUAUCUGAGCGUUGGAUGGGAAUAUAUCCUUGCCGAAGGGUCAGAAAGACCGAUGCUGCUGGUCUCUAUCCUCCUUAG